ACUCAUUCUUAUCUUUUAUUCUUCUUUCUUCUUCUUCUCUGUUUCUUCUCUUCUUUUCCCUGGCGAUUUCAGAUCGAGCUUUGUAUUGUUGUUAACGAGAUGAAUCACUGAAGUUUCAUAACAUGAUGAUCCGACGGAGGUGGUGAUGGUACUGAGGUUGAUUUAGCAUCGGAAGAAGAAGAAAUUGAUAUUACUGCAAGUAUGAGUUAGGGUUUCUGUAAUUGAAUUCGAGAGUUCAAUUGAGGACGAAUGAGAGGAGUUAGAAGUUGGGUUUGUUCUUAAUUGAUGUUUGAUUGAAGCUGUAGGGUAUAUUGAAGAUUGAAUAUGAUAUUAGGGUUUCCUGAGUUGGAUUGGAAUUCGAUUUGGUGAUGAACAAGAAGAAUUAAGGACUGGGUUUGGUUAAUAGAGGAAAGGGUUGGAUUUAAUUAGAUAUUAUGGAGCUGUUCUGAGGAAGAAUUGAGGAAUACGAGAUUUCAGUUGAGGUAACAUUUUCUUAGUUAUUCAGUUCAUUGUUGUGUAUAGAGUUAUUAUUGAAUUGAGCUUUAAGAACUGGUGUUGGUACUGAUGUUGAUUGCAUGGAGUUAUAAUGAACUGAAUAAUGGAAUGGUGUUACAGGGUAUGUAUGAGAUGAUAGUGUUAAUGGAAUUGCAGGUCAUGAGUUUUGGAUUCUUUGUAUGCUAAGUGAACAGUUUUAGAGUGGAUGUGUAUUCGUAGAUGUUGCUGAUGAAAAAAAUUGAGAAGUAUGGACUGAACCUAGUGUUAGAACUGUAUUGGUGAAGUUGGUGGUUUGAAAUGGCAGAGUAAAGGAAUGGGGUUGUGUUGAGAUAACUAAAUAUGCUUAUGUUAUUGUUGUGUGUUUUGAUGAUAUUAAACUUGAAGAACAGAGAGUUGUGGUGUUGUUAGUGUGAACAUGGCAGCUAGAGGAGUAAUCUGGUGGUGGUUCAAAUAUUGAGCUUAAUAGAGAUGAGCCAUGAGUCUCUGGUGGUGAUUGUAGGGUUAUAUGAAUGGAUGUGCAGUGUUAUCAUAGUUGAAUGUUGCAGUUAAUGAAUGAGUUGCAGGCAUAGAAGACGUUGAGAGUGAUAUGUAUUGGAAUUUGAAUUGUGAAUAUUGGUGAUGAACUAAGAUGGGUUGUUUUGGUUUAUGCUUGAAGUUAUAGUAGUGGUAAAUGAAAGGGGUUUUGGAUGAAUGUUGUUACAGUAAAGAUUGAAUGCAACUGAUGUUGUUUGUGGUAAUGAGUUUGUUUAUACUGAGAUGGAAUUUCAGUUAGGAGCGGAGUGUAAUCAAAAGAGGAGUUACAGAUGAGAGUUGAGUAUUGUUUGGGUUGAGGCAUGUCAGAUAUUGCUGCCACUGCACAUGUAGAUGUACAAGCUGAAGUUGUUUAUAAUGCCAUGCAUUGGCCUUAAAGAAAGCUGCAUUUGCAGUUAGUCUGUAUUAACAACGAUUGAUUCAAAGGAUGAACCAGUGGAUCGUGGAUCUCGAGGUAGGCGUGGCUUGUCAUCAAAAGAGAGGUAAGUUUCUGAGGUAGAUUUCUACAACAACAAAAAUCAAAGAUGUUUUUUCACAUAGUGCUGGAAAGAAAUAUGCAACUGCAUCCUCGCCAUUUCGGCCCAAAUCUACGUGAUAAGUUGGUCACAAAGCUCAUGAAAGAUGUGGAAGGCACUUGCAGCGGCCGUCAUGGGUUUGUGGUGGCAAUAACAGGCGUUGAUAAUGUUGGAAAAGGUCUAAUUCGUGAUGGUACAGGGUUUGUGACGUUUCCUGUCAAGUAUCAAUGUGUAGUUUUCAGACCUUUUAAAGGGGAGAUACUUGAAGCUGCGGUUACCAUGGUUAAUAAGAUGGGAUUUUUUGCUGAAGCUGGUCCUGUUCAAAUAUUUGUCUCAAAUCAUCUGAUACCAGAUGAUAUGGAAUUCCAGUCUGGAGAUAUUCCAAAUUAUACAACUUCAGAUGGAUCAGUUAAAAUUCAAAGGGAUAGUGAAGUACGGCUAAAGAUAAUUGGAACUCGAGUUGAUGCUACAGAAAUUUUCUGCAUUGGUACCAUAAAAGACGAUUUCUUGGGUGUAAUUAAUGACCCAGGUGCCGCUGCUUAAUCCAACCACUAGUGAGAAUAGUAAUGGAAACUGUCAUUGUUUUUACUUUUUAGUUUCAUAUCUCAGCCACAUCUUCUAACUUGUAAUUGUCCAAUCCAUGAACCCUUUCCUGGCCAGCUGCUAAGUUGGAGUUUAUCUGCAAGAAAAGAGAGCAGAGUAUGGUCAUCCUGUGGAAGAUUUUAUCAUGUGAUGAAGAAGAAGAGAUUAAUAAGUAUGAGGUCUAAAAAUUCUAUCGAUGUUAGCUUCUUAUCUAGAUGUACUUGCACUACAGUAAGUCAUGUGUGGGCUAAGGCAGCCUGAUGAUGCAUUUCUAAGCAAAUACAAGUUGCAUUUAUUAUUAUUCAUUCUUACUCAUUCAAGUAGACAAUAUAUUAUGUACCAAAGAGAAGGAUCAUUCAUGGGUUUCACUUCAACAUCAA